AUGGUGUGUAAGUCAUGGUUGCUUCUCAUUAACAGUCCUUCCUUCAUUGAUCAACACCUAGAGGUGAGCAAGAAGAGCAAUCUAUGUUUCCUCCUCAACAGUCAUCAGGAGGAAACCCACCAACAAUCUAUCUCUAUAGUUUCUCAUCAAACACUCAUAGUUUUCGAAACCCACCGAGCAGUCUUAUCCAGUCGAGGGAAAACUUGCUCUCAGCGUCUUCACAUUGUAAGUUCUUGUAACGGUAUUGUAUGUCUUACAUACAGCGAGAAUUAUGAGACUCUAGCACUUUUAUGGAACCCUGCAACUAGACAAACGACAAAACUCCAUGUCCCAAAUUACUGCCACGGCCAAAGAGAUCAUAAGAAUUGUAAUGAUACUAUUGGAUUCGGUUUUGAUGCUAAAAACAAUGAUCUUAAUGUAGUCUCAAUUACUUAUCCUCCCUGCCGUUUCAAAGCUAAGGUAUACAGCUUAAAAACAAGUUCAUGGACAAGAACAAGUUUUUCAUCAAAGGAUGCGGAUUUGGUUAUAACUAGUGUAUCUUAUUAUGGUGUGUUCUCUGGUGGAAUGUAUUCAUGGAUAGCAUCAAUGAAAGAAAAAGGAAAAAGUAUCUUGGAGGAGAAGAGAAAGAUAAUCUCAUUUGACAUGGCCAGUGGAAAGCUUAUAUUAACACCCUUACCUUGUAAUACUACCGAUAGACAGAGAUAUUUUACCAUUAUUCCCACAUCGGCUCUUAGCGGAUCAUUUGCUAGUGUUUAUGGUCAUACUACUGGUAUUGAGACGAGCGCAUGGAUGCUUGGUAAAUAUGGUGUUAAAGAGUCGCGGACUAGACUAUUUGCUUUUUGGUUCACCACCUGCAUACCAACGAAAAUUUGGACUUCUGAACAACAUUGGUAA